CAUCAUAGGACAACUGCACCUUUCAGUUGGUGUGAAGAUGUCUGAUAAGACAGACCAUAGUGAGGAUGAAGAAAGGAAAUCUGUGUUGGGAGUCACAGUUGUAGAGACCAACCGUUUUGGGUUCAUUCUUGGGAAUGGUGAAAUUGACAGUGAUGGUCCCUGUCCUGAGUUAGUGAGACAUCGAGAGACGAAAUGGCUUAGCCUCAUAAAACAAUGGGAGCAGGUGAUGGAGAAAAAAAGCAGCAAGGUCAAAAGUCAGUGCCAGAAGGGCAUCCCAGCAUCGGUCAGGGCUAAGUGCUGGCCACUGCUCUGCGGUGCUAUGGACAGAAUGAAGAAAAAUGUAAAACUGUACGAACGUCUAGUUGAAGCUCCAGAUCAGCAAGGAUGGACUGACAUCAUCAAAAGGGACACAGACAGACAAUUUCCCUUCCAUGAGAUGUUCCAUUCCAAAGAUGGCCAUGGGUACCCGAAGCUCUUCUUUCCUUUAGAGAUCCUGUUUUGGUCUUUCCUCCUCUCUUUGCAUCAGAAGGACCUGCUGCAGGUUCUAAAAGCAUACACGCAGUACCGACCAGAAGAGGGCUACUGUCAGGCACAGGGUCCAGUAGCAGCUGUACUCCUGAUGAACAUGCCCGCUGAGGAGGCGUUCUGGUGUUUGGUGCAGAUUAGUGAACUCUACCUUCCUGGCUACUACAGCCCUCUUCUGGAAGGUGUUCUAUUCGAUGCUGCUGUUCUCUCAAGCGUAUUAAAAAAACUGUGUCCAGCUGCACACAAACACCUACAGAAUCAGGGGGUGGAGCCUCUCAUGUUUGCCACUGAUUGGUUGAUGUGUCUAUACAGCCGCCACUUACCUUUCAACACUUUGCUCAGAGUCUGGGAUCUCUUCUUCUGCUAUGGUGUGCGUGUUUUGUUCCAGGUUGCUGUAGUACUGGUGCGCCGUUGUCUUGGACAGGGACGACUGCGAAAAGAGUGCGAUGGACAGAUGGAAACUCUGGAGCGACUGCGAGGUGUUAAAGAGCGUGUCCAAAAUGAUCAGGCUGACACCUUCAUUCAUGAGGUGUGUUCUGUGCCCCUUUCCUUGGCAGACCUGCAAAAACAAACAGAGAAAGAGACAGAGAAGUGGAAAGUAGAAAGACCGGACUCGACUUUUGACCUGCGAGGGCGCUGUCAUGGAUACCGAAUGGCAUGGGAGAGAGGGCAGGUGAAACAAAAAGAAAAUGAGAAGGAACGGCAAAGAGGGAACCUGACUCUUCCUCUAAUGCGAUCACAUUCCUCUCUCUCUCCCUCCAUUUUGCAAAAGAAAUGGAGAAAGAGGAGUAGUCGGACUGAGACGGAGGAGUGGGACGGAGGAGGAAGAACAUUCUCCCAAGGUUUAACUGAAGAGAGUGAUGAUGGAGACGUAAGGAGGAGGAGUGUGUGUGGUGUCAUUGGGGAGCAGAAGGCAAAGCAAGACAGGCUAGCACAUGAACUCUAUACACACAAACAAAAAGAUCACAACACACAUACAACUAUUUCGCCACAAAAACCGAAGGGGCUGCUGGUGGUCUCUUCUAGCAUUGAGUCUCAUGUUUUAGAGGAUGGGCAUAAAGACACAAUUUGCAGGUCACAGUUACAGAGUGUUACAGAGAGAGAUUCUGUUGAACAGGAGGACACAUUACAUACAGAUACUGGUCAUCGCAAGGAAGAAACAAAAGUAUCUUUAAACCAACACAAUGACACUUUAGACACAGAACAAUGUAAAUGUGAUGAUAAAGAAAGGAUUGCUGCAGGUUUGGUGGAGGAGGAUAUACAGACACAUGAACAUCAUGAACACAAUGUAGAAAGAGAGACAUGUCAAGGUAUACAAAAUACAGAGAAUAAGACACAUCAAAAUGAACAGAGUACAAAAGAGUGUACAAAUCAGGACAAACAGAAUACAGAAGAACUGACAAAUCAAAAUGAACAGAGCACAAAAGAGCAGAAAAAUCAAGAUAAACAGACAUGUCAAGAUGAACAGUACGUGGAAAUUAAGAUAACUUCAGAGUCAUGUGAAGAGUGCAUACAAACAAACUAUGAUCCACAGGAAGUGUACAUGCAGACUAACACUGGUAAACAGGAAGAGCAAAUACAGUCAGACAGCAUAAUUCAGGAAGACAUAACACAAACAGUGAGCUGUAAAUGUGACGGAACAGGAACAGAUAAUUUGCAAAAAGUCACAAUACAUGAAGACAACCAGCAAGAUGAGGAAAAUAUUCAAAAUCUGGAAAAUAUCACAGAGGGAGAAGUACAGACACCAGUUGUCCAAGAAUACCAGAGGUCUCACACAUCCAGAGAUCAAUAUGAAGAACAAACCACUGGUGAAAACCAUACUUAUGUAGGUAAGGAGGAAGCAGGGUUUCAGCAUGAAGUGGUCGGUGAUGGAGAGAUCCUUGAAAAGAGAGAAAAAGGGAAGGAGGAAGAAAGAAAAGUGAGCAACAGUGAUGACCAUAUUGGUGAAAAAGAGACACUGCAAACAUCUGAAGAAGUACCAUCAUCUUCUUUAGAAACUAAAGAAACAGCAAUUGAGCAUCCAGACAUAUCAGUCUCUGCUCAUGGCUUGGCUGAUCCUGUACAUCAAUCCCAAUCCAGUGAUCCAGAACAAAAUGACAUGGAUGCUACUGUUAUAUCUAGUGACUCAGACCAUAGUCCAGUGGAUUCCAAAAAAGUGGAAGUUAUAUUAGGAUGUGGCAACCCAGAACAGAGUGAAGUGGGUGCUUCUGGUGAGACUGAUUUCCAUGAAACUUGGGAGGAGGAUGUAGCAGUGGCAUCUAAAAACUCUAAGGACAUAAACAUGAAUGCUGCUCCUGCUGCUAUGUGUGGUAACAUAAAAACCAGUGAGAUUAACACAGAACACUGUGGAGUAAAUAAAACAGCUGGAUCUGAAAAUAUAAAGUGUUGUGAAAUGUAUGCUUCUGAAAAAUCAAGCAACCUUGGCCACGAUGAAGAGGAUGAUAUCUGUAGAUCUGGUGACACGGACAGCGAAGAAAUGCAUGUUAAAAUGGGAUCUGGCGACCCAGAGAACAAAAAGUUGCAGGGUGCAACUGGAUCUGCCAACACAAAGUGCAUUCAAAUUAUAACUGGAUCUGGCAACCAUGAAAGUGAAGUAGUGGAUUCCUUUGUUGGAUCUGGAAACCCAGAGUGUAAAGACGUGCAUGCUGGUGUUCGAUAUGGCAACCCAGAUUGUAUUCAGAUUACAACUGAAUCUGGUAUCCAUGAGAGCAAUGUUGUGGAUUCUGCUGUUGGAUCUGCCAACCCAGAGAAUGAUACUGUGGAGUCUGCUGAUGGAUCUGGCAACCCGGAGUGUAAAUUCAUGCAUGUUAUGAUUGAAUCUAGCAACCCAGAAAGCAAUGAAGUGCAUGUUGGAACGGGAUCUAGCAACACAGCGUGUAAAGAAGUGCAGUUCGCGACUGGAUCUGGCAACCCUGAAAGCAACGAUGUGCAUGUCGGAGUUGGAUAUGGCAACUCAGAGGGCAUUCAGAUUUCAGCUGCAUCUAGUAAUUAUGAAGGCCCUAUAGUGGAUUCUGCUGUUAGAUCUGGCAACCCAGAGUGCAACAUGGUGGACACUGCUAAUGGAUCUGGCAACCCUCUGCAUAACAUUGCAUGUACAAAACCAGACAAAAGCCAGGAUUUGGAGUCCACCUCUUCAAAAACAGCUUCCAAAUCUUCAACGGCAAAUGUCCUGCCAACUCAGCACUGUGUGGGCAGAACCUCCAGCUCACGGUCAUUCUAUCCCACAAUCCUCUCUGAGGACACCUUCAGAGUCCCAAAGCAGGCUCUCACACCCAAGGAAGACAGCACACAAGAGACACACACUCAGCCCAUCUCAGGCUCGCCAACAAAGACAGGCGCUCAGAAAUGUCUUGGUCUCUUCCGCCGUCUCCGGGGGGAGACCAAUAAAAUCCCCGUCCCCAAAAUCCUCAUUCAAGACUUUAGCGAGAAAGAGGAAAAGUUGACUGCAAAAGAGCGGAGGCGGAGGAAAAGAGAGAGGGAGAGGAAAGAAAGUGAGAAGGACAGAAAGAAACAAGAAAAGGAGAUGGAAAAGGACACAGAAAAGGAGAGAAAAAAGCCUCAGACAAGAGGGAAGAGCUUCCAGGUGCUCAACAGGAAGUGUAGCAACAAAGACAUGUCCACUGAAAACAGGGACUCUCAGACGUGUCGCCCUAGGAGAAAUUCUGCCCCUUUUUCUGACAGUUAUUUUUGAGACAAAGAUCAAACAUUCAUAUUUAGCAGUGAGAGUGAGAUGGUUAAAUGGGGAUUCUGUGCAAUGAUUAGACAUGGCUUGUUAUUUUCACUGCUUUGGUUUAAAACCAUUAUUAUUUUAAUAGAAAAAUUAAAUCAGGAGACGUGUGUAAAUGUAUUCAGAAAGUCUUUGCGAAGUUGUAUGUGGUUUCUUUCCACGUCGCUCACUUUGACAGUUCUUUCUGAUUAUAGGCACUAGUUUGAUUGAUGGAUGUUGUUUAUUCUGUCUAAUGUUCAUCAUCACUGUCACUUGCGAGCACUUUCUGGCUGUGUACCAUCUGAUUGGUCAGCUGAGAGGAAGUGGGCAGAACUGAACCAAAGAAAAGGGAACAAAACUGAAAGAGAAAACAAGGACUAAAUAUUAGUGAGAACUGCUGAUUAGAUUUUAUAUUUUUAAGUUAAAUAUUCAUUUAAAUGAUUAAUGUACCUUUUUAUUAGGAGGUCUAUUUGAAAGUGCUUCCUCCUGCUCUUCAUCCUCCUCUUCUUCACUGGAUGGGUGCUUUCUGUUAUUGGUGGUACGAAGUUGGGUGGUGGGUGCAUGUGAUGGCCCAGGAAGUUCACUGGUCUCCAUGGCGAUGAGAAAUGUGUCCAUGUCAUCGGACAUGAAGUCAUCUGGUGGUUGCUUGGUCUCAGGACUACUGGAAUAAAAGUAUUGAAGUACCAAA